AUGGUUAGAAAUCCACCGGGAUCGGGAUUAAGAAAACAGUCCUGUGUAGGGUUCUACACCAGUGCUUUCCCCAGCCUCACCUGCUUCCUGUCUAUCAGGAAGAAGUUGAUCCAUUUACAGAUGGAGGUGGACACAGGCAGUUGGAUCAGGAGAGAUGGCUACCAGAAACUGAGUGAGGAUUUCCAAUUCAACCUCGCCAUCUUAGACGAACGAGACAGAGAGCUGGAGAGAUACGAUGUCAUCACUGCCAGAGCUGUAAAUGCGGAGUGCCACAGGCAGGAAGAACUGAACCAGCUCCACAUGCAGGUUGCCAAGCUGGAGGAGCAGAGAGCCAAAGAGACUGAGGAGAGGCAGGAGGAGCAAUGUAAAAGUCAGCACAGUGCUGCUCAGCACAGGCUGCAGCUGGAUCAGCUCAAGUGCUCCAUGGCUGGUGAAAUUCAAAGGCAAACGGAGGAGUAUGAGAGGAUGAAAUGGGAUUUGCAGCACAAGAUACAAGAGCUAGAAGGAGAGCUGACCCUACAGAGACAGGAGAUGACGGCAGCUUUCGACAGAGAGUUUAGACAGCAGGAACAUAAGUUCAACUUGAAAAUGGAUGAGAUGCGCGCUGUGGUGCUGUCUCAUGAUCUCAAGGUGAAGCAGCUGUCUAAAGAGACUGAAGUUCACUACCAGGCUCAGCUCCAGGCCACAGAGGCUCUCAAAGUAUCGAAGGAGUUCUGUCAGCAGAUAGAAACCCAGCUGCAACGCAAAGAGCAGGAGAUCAAAGACCUCACUGCUGACAAGGACUGCAGAAUGAAGGAGCUUGAGGACGAGCUGAAAUGUAUGGAAACCAAACUGAAGAAUGAGGAGGAUAACCACAUUAAGAAAUAUGAGGCUGUGGUGCAAGCUCUGAAGGAGCGUGAUGCGCAGCUGGAGGUUCGGUGUCAGGCCCACACAGAGGAGCUGCAGAAGGCUAAGAAACGCAUUGUCAAACUACAGGAGAAUAUGGAAGUUCUGGCUGCACAAGUACGCUGUUCACAGAGAACCCAGCAGGAGGCCAUGGAACAGAAAGAUAAGACAAUCCAGAGGCUUCACACAGAGGUAGAAACCACCCGGACUGGAUGGGACAAGUACAUCAGUCAGGUCUCCAGUGAGAUGGUUGUCAAGGAUACAGAGGUCAUUACCCUGCAGGAGAGAGAAACCAAACUUAAGACUGAGCUGGACAGGAUCAAGGAGGAGAUGGAGGGGUACAAGCAGCAGCUGAGUGCUGGUCUGAAGAGAGAGAGGGCCUUAGAGCAGAAGAGAGUCCAGGUGGAACUGGAGUGGCAGAGACGCUGUGAGGACCUGAAGGCUGAACUCUACCUUGCUAAUGAGCAGCUAAUACAAGACCUGAGCAAUGCAAGAGACCAGGCUAAAGCAGAGCUGAAGGAGAAAGAACAAGAGCUGCAGGAGUUGACUGUCUUACUACGUUCUGUUAAGACGGAGAGAGACCAGGCAAUACAGCCAUUAAAAUUACACCUCUUUGUAUUCCCUGCACUUAAAGGUGAAGGCGAGCCUAGCAGGGUGGAGGUUGCUGAGUCCGGCAGUGCUGGAGUCCAGAUGAUGGUGCACGGUACCAGCGCUCCCUUCCGUAACCAGCCCCCAUCCGAGGUCAAGCAGAGAAGGAACCCCUCUACAACACCGUCAAACACUGCCAAGACCCGCAGACAUGGAGCCCCAGACAGGAUGAGCAAGAUCAGAAAUUACAACGUUAGAGACUGACAGUCUGUUAGCAUGCUGCUCAUGGAGAGAGUGCUACUGGAGGAGCUCUGUCAAGUCUGAGAGAUAAACCCUGAUGUUGUCAUAGGGAGGUCAGCAGGAUGAAAUCAGCCACACAUUUAUUACAGAGAGCCUGCAGUUUGAAAGGGAGGGUCUAAUGAAGAGAUGUCAAGUUGCUUUAUGGGAAGAGUAGGAUCCCAUUUUGUAUUGGAGCUCAGCCCACUAGGAGCUUCCAGAUAUCUCAGCCUCUUCUGUUUUGAUUUGUUCCAUUUAUUAUCUGUCUAUAGUGAGUUCCCCAAACUGUGUAAGUGGGGAACUCUUUUAAAGCCCAACAAGAAAUGCUACAAAUAUCAUAAUUACAUUUUACAAUAAGACUUAUGGUAGAAAUAUAUUUUUGUAUUUUGCUGCUUCCAACAGAGCUCACGUGCCUGAGCAGUUAAGGGACAACAACAGGCCACAAAACAAACAGACCUAUUGUGUACAAACCUCAGUAAUAUUUUGUAAUAUAUGUAAUGUUCAAGGCUGUUGUAAGUUCUGUGUUUUAUUAUUUUACUACCAUAUCUCCUCUUCAGGUCGACUCUCCAAUGCUGCAGAGCACAAUCCACAGUCGUGUAAUUGGACUAUGAAUUAAUUUCAGCUGUAAAAUAAUUUCUACUAAACAAUAUGGUUAUAAAAUCAAUUUCUGGGUAACAAUAGAAACAUGGCAGUUCAUCAUGGCGGACUCCGCCAGAAGAGGACCCACUCCAUCUGUGGAUAAAAACGUCUCAUUCUAAGAAAAUCACAACAAUGCUUUUUUUGAGGUGAUUAUACACUAAUGAAAACAUACCUAUGUAUAUUAUAUUCCAUUUUUGGCAGUACAUCCUCUAAAUGUUACACACUGGACCUUUAAACAGUAUGGCAAUAAAAUGAAUUUCUAUC